CCCAGUUGCUAGUAGACGCAGGUUUUACCAUGGCUAUCCCAUCCUCUUCUCUUACUUUCUUCUUACUCGCCGCUAUCGCCGCCGCCGCCGAUGCCAUUCACUCCAGCGCCAUCGACUACGCCGAAUCCACCAUCGCAGACAUCCAAUACUCCUUCGCCGACGGUACACUCACCUCCCGCCAGCUCGUUCAAUACUAUUUAAACCGAAUCCACUCCUUCAACCCAUACCUCCACGCCGUCAUCGAACUCAACCCCGAUGCCCUCUACGACGCCGACCUCGCCGACCGCCGCCGCCUUCCCACAUCCGGCCUCCUCCACGGCAUCCCCAUCCUCAUCAAGGACAACAUCGCCACCCGCGACCGCCUCAACACCACCGCCGGAUCCCUCGCUCUCCUCGGCUCCAUUGCCCCCCGCGACGCCGGCAUCGUCCGUCGCCUCCGCGCUGCUGGUGCAAUUAUCCUAGGCAAAGCGAGCAUGAGCGAGUGGGCUCACUUCCGAUCCUUAGACGCGCCCAACGGCUGGAGUGCGCGAGGUGGGAAAGGGCGAAAUCCUUACGCCGCGGCAGUGGAUCCGUGCGGGUCGAGCAGCGGAUCGGCGAUCGCUGCUGCGGCGGGGAUGGCAGCGGCGACUAUCGGGACGGAGACGGACGGAUCGAUCAUCUGCCCGGCGGCGGCGAACUCGGCUGUGGGGAUCAAGCCGACGGUUGGAUUGACGAGCCGAGCCGGGGUAGUGCCGAUCUCACCAAGGCAGGACUCGGUUGGACCGAUUGCACGGACGGUGGCGGAUGCAGUGGCAGUGCUUGAUGUGAUUGUUGGGUAUGAUGAGAGGGACGCGGAGGCAACGCAGGCGGCGGCGACGAUAGUGCCGAAGGGCGGGUACCGGCAAUUCUUGAAGGAAGAUGGAUUGGAGGGCAAGAGGGUUGGGAUACUUCGCAAUGGCUUUUUCAGAUUUGCAGAAGGGUCUUUAGAGGAGAAGGCUUUCGCAUCGCACUUUGAUGUCAUGAGGAAAAAAGGAGCAAUCUUGGUGGACAAUCUAGAAAUAUCAAAUGUAAGUACCAUACUUGAUCCAUUCCAAAGUGGAGAAGAAGCUGUUCUCUUGGCUGAGUUCAAGCUCUCACUCAAUGCUUAUCUCUCUGAGCUUGAAAUCUCCCCUGUGAGAUCUCUUGCAGACAUCAUAACAUUCAACAAUGAGCACAAAACUGAGGAAAGGAUUGAAGAGUACGGGCAGGAUGUGUUCUUGGCUGCAGAGAACACAAACGGGUUGGGUGCAGUAGAGAGAUUUGCCAUUAAAAGAAUGGCUGAGCUCUCUGCGGAUGGAUUGGAGAGGCUGAUGAAGGAGAAGAAGUUGGAUGCAGUGGUGACCCCAGAUUCAAGCGGGGCCUCAAUUUUGGCCAUUGGAGGCUAUCCAGGGAUCAGUGUCCCGGCUGGUUAUGGGAGCUCAGGGGCUCCUUUUGGCAUCUGCUUUGGGGGAUUGAAGGGCUCUGAGCCAGAAUUGAUCGAGAUAGCUUAUGCUUUCGAGCAGGCCACUAAAGUCAGGAAGCCACCAUUGCUGAGUUCACCAGGAUUGAAAUGGAUGCCUGUGGAGGAGAAAUGAUCAUGUGUAGGCUUCAUUUGGGACAACUUUCGUACUGCUUUGUAAAACGGUUUUCUAGUAAAAAAAUUCAAAUUCAAGAAAUUUUUGUACUGAAAAGUUGUUUUAAAAAGCAAGAGAAAAGCCGUCCCAAACGAAGCCAUAGUUGCAUAUUCAAUAGUGCAUCAAAUAUCAACAGUUGAGGAACUGCAGCAGUUUAUAAGGUGAUAAUUUUGAGAACUCUUAAACUAUUACUCUUUAUCCUUUACUACUCAACAAAUUGACAUCAAUACUUUCUUUCUGGUGGUUUUUGCCA